AUGCCGAAAUUCAGCGACACUUGGACUAGCGAUGCAGCCACACGAACCACUGCAGCCUAUUCUAAAUCACAAAAGCUACCUAUAGGCGAGUUUCCCACAUUUGGUAGCUUUGUUCGUUGGAGACCCGAGCCACCAUUGCCUUCCAAAUACGCUACUGCCAUUGAAAUGCCAUCAAGCGAUAUCCAGAUGCAUCUCAUCAACCACUUUUUUGAAACUCGUUACAAGGUAUCGCCCAUCAUACCAAAACGCUACUUUUACGAACAAUUGCGAACCAAGGGCCCUCUCAUCACACCACUGCUGCUGAACGCCAUCUACUGCGUCGUCAGCAGCUCCUCUACCUUGAAAGAUGUACCCAAAUCUAUCGUCUUUUUCAAUCGCGCCAAGAGACUGUUGGAUGAUUUUCUCGAUGUGCCAAGAGUUAGCACAGUUGCAGCACUGUGUCUUUUAUCUCUUUACGAGCCUGUCCCCACUAAAUCGAAAUCAGCGGUCGAUCAACAUUGCCGCUCCUGGAUGUACAGUGGUAUGGCUUUUCGCAUGUGUCUUGAACUCGGUUUGAAUAUGGAUACACCUUAUUCUCGUGACAACAUGCCAUUAGAGUGUAUUGAACUUCGCAGAAGAGUCUUUUGGUCCUGUUAUUGUCUAGACAAAAUGCAGAGUGCAGAAUGGGAAAGAUUAUGGUCUAUUCCUUCCUCCUUGGCAAAAACAACGCUACCCCAAAUAUUGCCUGAAGACGAUGAAGCCGAGCGUUGGAUCGUACAAACAUUUCAGCAAAAGAUCAAACUAUCGUUGCUUGGUGAAGAAGGUCUUCAAAUCCGUGUUUCCUUUGCUAUUCGUGACGAUAUCGAUAAUGCUAGAUUCUAUGAACAGCUUCAUCAAUACCGUAUCAAGCUGCUACAUUGGAGUGCUAAUCUACCUUCGCCUGACAUCUGGAAUAUACGGCCUUGUGCCACAAUUGAAGAUGUGAUGAAUGAGCCAAGAAAACCACCCGAAAUAGGCUACUUCCUCGCGUUGUAUUACUUUAUGCUGAGUGACACACUGUUCUGUCUUCCUGAUAACGCUAAAACGUCCAUUCAACAUCGUAUUUACGCUGCUCAGCUCACAAGAUGCGUAGAAAGUACGUGUGACAAGCCCACGAUGGUGGUACGAUACGAGUUUCUUGCCCACGCUUUGAUUGCUGCUAUCCGUGUCCAUGCAAGAUACCUUAGUGACCAAGAUUCUGAAGUGGCUGGCCAAUCUCUGUACUUUUUCAACUUGUGCGUUAAAUUGCUUCGUAAAUUACAGCACUAUGCUAUCAUUCCAGAGUGUACAGCCGUCUUGCAAAAGAUCUCUGCUAUUCACCAGCACUCUAGAAAGCACACUGCUUGUUCUGAUAUUUCGCUGUCCAAGCUCAAUCCUGCUGCUGCUGCUGCGAUCAAUGCUGCCGCAACCCUGGACUCAGUACCUCAUCAAUAUGCCAACAACAUGACGUUUCAACAAGUAGACGCUAAUGGCAACAUGGCGCAGUUCACGCCAGAACAUCAGCAACAUCAGCAGCAUCAGCAGCAACAACAACAUCAAACUCAAGUGAACCUUGUUGAUCCCUACCGUGCAGAUGUGCCUAACGGAUCCUUUGAAUACCAAAAUAUGGAUAGCAUGCUGGGUAGCUCUCCUUUCAAUAACCUGGCAGCCUUUGGCACAAGCAUUGGCGUUGACUUUGGUGAUCGAAGACAGCUAUGGGAGUUUGCAUUGGACGCCUCUGUUCAGCAAAGCUAUGACUUCAGUGGCUCUGGACCAUCUACACCAGAAGAUACAAUGAGUAAUGCAACAUUUCCACCAACCACUGCUGCCACUGCUAAUUCUGAAUGGUCAAGUCCUUGUGGUGCCAGUGAUUUCAUCUGGCCAGAUCCCAUCAUAUCGCACACGCCUCCUCCACCGCCUCCACAACUACAGCAUCCACAACCACAACAGUAUCAUCUCACAACUUCACCACAUCAACAGCAUCAUAUCCACUCUAUGCUUGUAUAUCAAAACAUAUCUCAUAUAAAUAGCAACCCUCAACCUACGUACAUACAACCUUCUCAGCAACAACAACAACAACAACAACAACAACAACAACAACAACAACAAAUGAAUGUCAAUAUCCAUAACCCUACGCCUACAUUAAAUCAAAACCUAUGCUAUCCACUAUCAACCUCUGUGGUCCAUGUGCCGCAGCAUGCUUAUUAUCCCAAUUAA